AUGAUAUUCUUGAAAUUGAUUUUUCAAUUUAUGUCUUUUAUAUAUUUUACCCACGCGUAUUCAAAAAAUAGGAGAUACAAGCACAAGUUGAUAAAUUUACAAAUUACAUUUUUACGUAACUAUGAGAAAUAUUUCUUAUUAAACAAUUUGCGAGUAGCUAAUAGGAUGUAUUACGUUCAUCCGGGUAAAAAUUUGUUUAAAAAAAAUUUCCAGGGUUAUCAGGAACAGAGGGAUAGGUUGGCUAUUUCCUUAUUUAGGGACUUUAGUAUGCCCAACCUUUUCCCUGGAUUCAGAACAAUUUUUAACAAAAAAUUCCUUUUUGAUCCCUUGUUCAACUCCCACAAAGAUAUUAUCAUACGAAAUAUAAAGACAAUACAGCUAGUACAAAAAGGCAAUAUUGUGAAAAGUGUAGUUAUAUUCGGGGCGUCUUGCUUGACUAUUUAUGCUAUGGCUAAACUUCUUCUUAUGCUGAGGAAAUUUUUUCAAAACCAGUAUAAGAUGAUAAGUGAACAGGAAAUAAAGCAUUUGGGAACGUAUGAAAAUCCGCACAUCGAAUUUAAGGACUAA